AUGAGAUUCUUUUCAGUUCUAUCUCAUCUCUUCGUCACAUUUGCGACCGAAGCGUCAUCCCACGGCUUGGCAAAUCUGGUUCAACGAGCCACCCCUGUACCUUUCAGCGACUUCACCAACAACCUAGUAUUCUACCCAGAUAGGAACUACACCAGCUGGAAGGUCAUCUACGCCCGCACUGUGCAGCUGCCUGAUGGUAGUCACCUUCUAUCGUGGGAGAACUAUCCACCCGAACCUCCGCAAGCCAACUUCCCCAUUUACAAAUCAACCGACGGAGGCGCAAACUGGAUCGAGUUUUCAUAUGUGUCUGACCAAGUCAAUGGAUGGGGUCUGCGUCACAUGGUAUAUGGCGUUGGGCCCGAGACUACCACCAACGGCAACGAUGCAGUAUGGGAGCCAUUCUUCAUGAUGCACGAGGGCGAAUUUAUAUGCUUCUUCUCUGAUCAGAGAGAUGAGAAUUAUGCGCAGAAACUUGCACAUAUCACGACCAAAGAUCUCAAGACAUGGAGCGAACCUGUGGAUGACGAUGCUUCGUCGGCAUACGACGACCGGCCAGGGAUGACCACGGUGGCACACAUUCAAUCCACGGGUCAGUACAUCAUCACGUAUGAAGUUUGCGCGACAAAUGAGGGCUGCGAAGGGUAUCACAAAGUCUCCUCCUCGCCCCUGACGUUUGGCACUAUUGAAGGGCGCGGGGACAAAAUUGUUUCCGCCGAAGGCCAUACUACCGGGGGAUCACCAUACGUCAUUUGGACUCCCAACGAGAAGACAAACGAUGGCACUGGCAUAAUCAUCAUGAAUGGUGCUAGCAGAGAACAACUUUUCGUUAACGAGGAUUCUGCGGAUCCAGCGGGAUGGAAGGAAGUUGAUGUGGGACAAUGGGCAGCGCAUUCGAGAUGCAUUGAAGUGAUCAACAACAACGGAACGGAGAAGUUGAUGCUUUCCAACGCUGGCCAAAUGCAGGCGGGAUUUGACAAUUAUGUGGUUGUUGGAGUUGUGGAUAUUCCCUACGAUGCUGUCUGA